ACACCGAGCCGGAGGAAGGGGUUCGCUCCCGUCGAGACUCGGUCGCCGCCACGCUAGGGGAAGGGAUACCGGAAAGCGCUCGGGGUGGAGGCCAUGCCACCUCCUGGGAAAGUUCCCCGGAAGGAGAAUCUGUGGCUACAGUGUGAGUGGGGGUCCUGCUCCUUUGUGUGCUCAGCCAUGGAGGAGUUCUUCAAGCACGUCACUCAGCACCUGCAGCAGCACCUGCAUGGCUCUGGGGAGGAGGAGGAUGAGGAGGAAGAAGAUGACCCACUUGAGGAAGAAUUCUCUUGCUUGUGGCAGGAAUGUGGCUUUUGUUCUCUGGACAAUUCUGCUGACCUCAUCCGCCAUGUCUACUUCCACUGCUACCACACCAAGCUGAAGCAAUGGGGACUGCAAGCCUUGCAAAGCCAGGCUGACCUCAGCCCCUGCAUCCUGGACUUCCAGAGCCGGAACGUCAUCCCUGACAUCCCUGACCACUUCCUAUGUCUGUGGGAGCACUGUGAGAGUACCUUCGACAAUCCCGAGUGGUUUUAUCGGCACGUGGAAGCACACAGCCUGUGCUGUGAAUACCAAGCAGUCGGCAAAGACAACCAUGUGGUGCUGUGUGGCUGGAAAGGCUGUACCUGUACCUUCAAGGACCGCUGUAAGCUUCGAGAGCACCUCCGUAGCCACACCCAGGAGAAGGUGGUGGCCUGCCCCACCUGUGGGGGCAUGUUUGCCAACAACACCAAGUUCUUAGAUCACAUCCGUCGUCAGACCUCAUUGGAUCAGCAGCGCUUCCAGUGUUCUCACUGUUCCAAGAGAUUUGCCACAGAGCGGCUCUUACGGGAUCACAUGCGCAAUCAUGUGAAUCACUAUAAGUGCCCUCUGUGUGACAUGACCUGCCCGCUGCCUUCCUCCCUCCGCAAUCACAUGCGCUUUCGCCACAGUGAGGACCGGCCCUUUAAAUGUGACUGUUGUGACUACAGCUGCAAGAAUCUGAUCGACCUCCAGAAACACCUAGAUACCCACAGCAAGGAGCCAGCCUACAGGUGUGAUUUUGAGAACUGCAGCUUCAGUGCCCGAUCCCUGUGCUCUAUCAAGUCCCAUUACCGCAAAGUGCAUGAAGGAGACUCAGAGCCAAGGUACAAAUGUCAUGUGUGUGACAAGUGUUUCACCCGGGGCAACAACCUCACUGUGCACCUUCGCAAGAAACACCAGUUCAAGUGGCCCUCAGGGCACCCCCGUUUUCGGUACAAGGAGCAUGAAGACGGCUACAUGCGGCUUCAGCUGGUUCGCUAUGAGAGUGUAGAGCUGACACAGCAACUGCUGCGGCAGCCACAAGAGGGAUCUGGCCUGGGAGCCUCACUGAAUGAGAGCAGCCUGCAGGGCAUCAUUCUAGAAACAGUGCCAGGAGAGCCAGGAUCUAAAGAAGAGGCAGAAGAAGAGGGUGGAAGCAGUGAGAGGACAGCCCUCUCUUCCUCUCAGGACAACUCCAGCCCUGUCAUCCAUGUUGUGAAUCAGACCAAUGCCCAAGGCCAACAAGAGAUUGUCUACUAUGUGCUGUCUGAAGCCCCAGGAGAGCCCCCUGGAGCCCCUGAGCCACCCUCAGAGAGCAUCAUAGAAAAGCUUCAAGGAAUAGUUGAGGAGCCAGAGGUCCAGACGGCAUGAAGGCCAAGGAGCCAGACCAUUCCUAUCCUAGGCCCCCAGAGUUUGAGCCAGGCAGGUGGCAGUGUCCCUAGUGGGCAGCCUUUGCCAGUGGAUGCCUUUAGGAAUGGUGUUGAGAGCAGCAUGGUCCAGUCUGACCUGGGCUCACAUCACUCUGCAGACUCUGUGGGCUUCCUUUUUCUGCCAGACUCUGUUUUGUGGGGAGCCUGAGGAGUCUGGAUUCUUUGGGGGCAUCCUGGGUGUGUGAUCUUCUUAAGGGGCCUCUUAUCAGGCUUAACCAUAACCCCCAACACAGGCUGGAUGGUGAUUAAAUCCUUAGUCAACUCACAUGCAUUCCUGUUCCAGGGGUCCUUAGGCCCAGGGCUGGUGUACAAGGGUCCUUUCCUCAUCACCAGCCAAGGCACUGAGAAGCAAGUAGCCAUUUUCCUCUUGAGGUUUCCUCCUACAAACCCAAGGACUUUUCACGGUUAUCCUCAGGGAUGAAUUCAAGUUACUGAGUGUGUAUAGCAGGUGUUUUUGUUAAUAAAAGAAAUGCUUGGGCUGUUA